AAUGUUGCUUGUGGAUUGGCACUCCAGCAUGUUUACAGACUGAAAAGACAAUUUCCACAAAAAGAUGUGAACGGACUGAUGUCUCUCUCAGAACCUGAAUGCAGAAGAGCCUUGGGUCUUUCUUUUGUGAAAAGCAACUGGCUGUUGCUUUCUCACUGGACCGGGGCCACCUCAGGACCUGACCUGCCGGACCAGACAGAACCAUGAGGCUCUCCCUGGCCCACGCGCCGGUCCGGCUCGCUCUGUGGCUGCCGUGGGCCACGGUGACGGUGGCGUCACUGUUGCUGUCGGACAACUUGACGGGCUUCCACGGGGACGAGAGUGGUGGCACGCACCGCGUGAGCAGCGGCCUCAUGCAGUGCGGUGAGUACAGCAACGAGGUGAUGCCCAACGGCCAGUGCCGCCUGAUGGCCACGCUGCCGCAGCUGGCCGAGCAGCGCUGCCCGGAUAUGUUCCGCUGCACAGACGAGGUCUCGUACUGGCUGCGCGAGAACGAGGAGCGCAAGCAGCAGGUGCAGGACCUGAAGGAGACCAUAUCUGAGCUGCAGGAGGAGCUACGCAGCCACCGGCACCGCAUCAAGGUGCUUGAGAUGCAGCACCAGGCGCGUACGGGCUGGAACGCGUCGCUGGAGCAGCGCUUCCACACGCUGGAGGAGAGCUACACGGAGGCCACAGCGCUGCUGCAGGUGCACGGCUCUCUCAUCUACGACAUGCAGCGGCAGGUGCGCAACCUGUCCAUGGUGGUGGAGCGCGUGCGCCGCAACCCCGGCUGCAUGAUCAACAUCGUCCGCACCAGUCCGCUGCUUAAUGCCCACGAGGUGCUCCACCCAGAAGUGCAGCACAUCCGGAACUGCCCAAUCGACUGUGCCUCGCUGUACUACAGUGGGGUCCACAGGUCUGGGGUCUUCACUAUUGUCCCUUCACGAGAGGGCACACCUCUGGAGGUCUACUGUGACAUGGAGACUGAAGGUGGUGGAUGGACGGUGAUCCAGAGGAGGCAGGACGGGAAGGUAAACUUCAACCGCAAGUGGAACGAGUACAAGAACGGCUUUGGGGAUCUGCACACUGAGUUCUGGCUGGGGAACGACCACAUCCACGACCUCUCCAGUCAGGGAGCCUACUCACUGCGCAUCGACCUGGAGGACUGGAACGGCAAGCACAAGCAUGCCUAUUAUGAGAGCUUUAGUACUGAGGAUGAGGAGCACCAGUAUCGUCUGCAUGUGACUGGCUUUAGUGGCACAGUAGAGGACUCGUUCGCCUGGUACCAUGACAAGCACAGCUUCAGCACCCCUGACACGGGCAACAUCUGCGCUGAGAUCUCCCAUGGAGGAUGGUGGUACAACCAGUGCUUCUUCGCCAACUUAAAUGGAGUUUACUACAAGGGGGGGCGCUACUCUGCCAAAAGCAAGAAUCUGCUGGGCCCUGAUGGCAUAGUGUGGUACACCUGGAAGGACUCAGACUACUACUCACUGAAGAAGGUGAGCAUGAUGAUUCGCCCGCGGACAUUCAGGCCUCGCCUUUCUCCUUGACAACAACAACAACUUGUCGAGAGCCAAGCCUGCUGUGACGCCACAGGGUGUAACGGCACGCCUUUGUCAGCCUUGUCUGCGCACAGUUCCGGCACAAAAUCUCACGGUGUCACAAUAUAAACAUACAAUACAUGUUAUCACACACACGCGCACGUACGUGUCCACACACGUAACUCAGAUGAAUGUCUUCAAAUCCAGGUUUCUUAUGACUUUGACUUUUGGAUUCUUGCAUGGAGAGCUUGGGUGUGAAACAUCACGCACAUCAGAGUAUGACCAUGCUGCCACAGAGCAACUGCACUGGCAUGGAGGACCUUACAAGAGCACUCUGCUAUACAUUGAACAACACUGUUCAAUUCUCUCAUUUAUACUGUGUAUAUUUUCCUGUACAUGCUUAACUUGCUCUGUAUUAAUAAUUAGUAUAUGGGCAUCACUAGCCCAGGACCAUUUGAGGGCUAGUGACUUAACACAACAAUAUCCACCUCAUUCACUCUGGAUAACUGUAUUCUACUACUUGUGUCAUCACUAUAAACUACUUUUGCCAAAGAGUAAAAGUAUGCUUGAUAAACACAUUGAUCCUAGUCUGUGAAGACAUGUGAUGUAGACGUGUGUGUUAGGGCUGAGGGAACCUACAGGAGGAGGAUUCCCUCAUAUUGUUAUGUGUGUUUCUCAAUUAUGAUGCCAUUCAGAAUCCUCACGGUUAGUAAUGUCCUCCGGGGACAUCCUUCUCAACCUGAUCCGUGUUGCUGCUCUUUCCCACCUCAUUAGGAAGAGAAGGACUACACUAACACAGCAGACACUAUGAGGGGUAGAUGAGAAGGAGAAAGAGAGAUGACUUGUUUCAGGUGCAUAGAUGACACUACACUGUACUUUACACCAUCACAUCGACUUGUUUUGUGAAAAUGUUUACAUUUUUUAAACUGUUUAAAACUGUAUAUUGUGCACAUAUUAAAUCCAUCUGUUUGUAAAAGGUGAGGUAUACUUACCUUCCGUGCUUUGAACCUAAAUAAUACAAUAUUGAGAUGGCAUCAUAGUGAUGUUCAUGCAGUUGUUUAUGGAUGCUCUGCCUGCAAUUUUGGUCAAGAAAAAUAUAUAUACAUGUAUACACAUAUAAUAUUUGGAUGAUAACAUGGAUAAAUUAUUGCCCAUCUGUUAAAUGUCAAUAUGAAAGUCUAAUUCAGAACUAUUUGGAGGUAUGUUGUAUGACUGUGUU